CCUGCCUCUCCGCGGUCCUGCGGUCAUUACACGAUUACGGUGCGCGAUAAUGCUCAGGCUCUGCUAGUUUAUUGCAAUAAGACUUCAGACAGACCUCAGCUCCUCAGCCCAAGCGUCUGUUCGUCACCUAGAGGAAGCCAUGUGAUAAAGUCCUGUCUGCGCUCCAGCCUCGACCUACGCCACCUACAUACACCACCUGCGAACGCUGCGUUCGACUGUGACUAGCGAAAUGACGUCCCCGUUUUCGCCAGAGGAACUGGCAUACUUGGAGGCGCAUAAAAACGACUCGAGAGUUUCGCAAAUACGCUGGGUAUACAGUGUGCCCAUCGCCGCUGCCACCCUCAGUACGGUGAUGCGACUGUGGGCAAAGCGGUACGGUCGGAAUGGAAUCACGCUCGACGAUUACUUGAUCCUCUUGGCCACGACAUGUCUCAUCGGACAAUGCGCGAGUGGACUGGGUUUCGGGCCUCCCCACGGCAUGGGCAAACACGUUAACGUCGUCUCAGCCUAUGACCAGAUGAUGGUACGAAAAGGAGACUACGUCUUCAGUCACUUUUACGAUAUUGCCCUCGUCUCUGUCAAACUCGGUAUCCUCGCCUUCUACUACCGCGUCUUUGUCCACCCAGUCUUCCGUCGAGUCGUCCUUGCAACCGCAGCCUUUGUUCUCGCAUGGGGCAUUGGCAUCACAGUAACACUCUUCCUGGCUUGUCGACCUCUUGCAGCAUAUUGGGAUAGGAACGUGACUGGAAAGUGUUUGGUCAUGCUUACUUUUACGUAUUUCACCAACAUUUCGAAUUUGAUCACGGACAUCUGGAUUUUCUUAAUGCCAAUGCCCAUGAUCUGGCAUUUGCAGUUACAAACGAAAAAGAAGAUGAUUCUCAGCCUUAUAUUUUGCAUAGGUCUUGCAACCUGCGUAGUAUCCUCCAUCCGUCUCACUAUCAUCCUUGGCCGUGGUCGUCCAGACUUUACAUGGUACUACGUCCCCCUUGGCGCAUACUCCGUCUUCGAGCCCCUCGGCGGCAUCCUCUGCACCAACCUCCCGAUAAUCUGGCACAUGUUCCGCAAGCGACAAGCCACGUUGAUCAACGCCUCCGCCUUCAAGUCACACUCCAACAGCAACUCGACGCCCACGAUCGGCUCACGGCGCUCGCGCUUCGCCAUCGCACUCGGCAUAACGACAAGAGACAGGACGCAGAAUGGUAGUGGGAAUGGAACGGGCCUAGGAGGGGACAGCGUGGCAGGAGGGGUGGGCGAUUGGCAGCGCCUGGAGAGCAUGGAGAGUCAAAAGCCAGAUCCUACUAUUUGGACAACAGUGGAGCGGGUUGACACCGGCGGAUUGGACGAGGGGCCGUCCGAAGCACCACUCAAACCGGGAAUGAAGAAGACUGUGUGGAAUGUUCGGAAAUGAGUAGGGCACGCUCUGCUUCAACUUCGCAUUAUCAGCAACAACAGGGACCACUGAGAACGACGAGGCAUCGUCCUCUUUACGACAUUAUGAAAGGCGAAUACGGUGUAUUUGGUAUCUUUUCUUUUCACAACACGGCAUGGGAGGACGUUGACUGGAAAAGGGUACAAUCA